UAAAUACUAUGAGAAGGAAGCCCUCCUAAUGGACCCGGUGGAUGGCCCCAUCCUUGCAUCUUUGUUGGUGGGGCCCUGUGCUCUGGAGUAUACCAAGAUGAAGACUGCAGAUCACUUCUGGACUGAUCCCUCUGCUGAUGAGCUCGUCCAGAGGCACCGCAUCCAUAGCUCGCACCUGCGACAGGACUCACCCACAAAGCGUCCAGCCCUCUGUAUCCAGAAGAGGCAUUCGAGUGGCAGCAUGGAUGAUCGACCAUCCCUUUCUGCCCGUGACUAUGUAGAGUCCCUGCACCAGAACUCCCGGGCCACGCUGCUCUAUGGCAAGAACAAUGUUCUGGUUCAGCCGAGGGAUGAUAUGGAGGCUGUGCCAGGGUACCUGUCCCUGCACCAGACAGCUGACAUCAUGACCUUGAAAUGGACGCCUAACCAGCUGAUGAAUGGGUCAAUGGGGGACCUGGACUAUGAGAGGAGCGUCUACUGGGACUAUGCCAUGACCAUCCGCCUGGAAGAGAUUGUGUACCUGCACUGCCACCAGCAAGUGGACAGCGGCGGGACAGUGGUGUUGGUCAGCCAGGAUGGGAUCCAGAGGCCGCCCUUCCGCUUCCCCAAGGGAGGGCACCUCCUGCAGUUCCUUUCAUGCCUAGAAAAUGGGCUGCUCCCUCAUGGGCAGCUGGACCCUCCACUCUGGUCUCAGCGGGGGAAGGGCAAAGUGUUUCCCAAACUGCGCAAGCGAAGCCCUCAGGGUUCUGCUGAGUCCACGUCUUCAGACAAGGAAGAUGACGAGGCCACAGAUUAUGUGUUCAGGAUCAUCUACCCUGGCAUGCAGUCUGAAUUCGUUGCUCCUGAUCCCCUGGGCAGCACUGCCCCCGUCUCCGUGCGCCCUGCCUGGAUGGUGGUUCCUGCUGGCCGGUCCAUGCUGGUGGUGGCCCGGGGUGGUCGGUGGGUGCGAGCCAAAUGGGACACCACCUUCCCCGUGCCGGACCUGAGGCAGCAGCUCCCCAUCCCCCAGGACCUGAUGGAUGUCUCUGUGAGCAACCUACCAUCCCUCUGGCAACCCAGUCCCCGGAAAUCCUCCUGCUCAUCCUGUUCACAGAGUGGCUCGGCUGAUGGUGGCUCAUCCAAUGGCUGCAACCAUGAGAGAGCUCCCCUGAAGCUUCUCUGUGACAACAUGAAAUACCAGAUCCUUUCCAGAGCCUUCUAUGGAUGGCUUGCCUACUGCAGACACCUGUCCACUGUGAGGACCCACCUGUCAGCCCUGGUCAAUCACAUGAUCGUGUCUCCAGACUCACCCUGUGAUGCUGGGCAUGGGCUGACGGCCAGGAUCUGGGAGCAGUACCUUCAGGACAGCACAAGAUAUGAGGAGCAGGAGCUGCUACGCCUCAUCUACUAUGGGGGCAUCCAGCCAGAGAUCCGCAAGGCCGUAUGGCCCUUCCUCCUAGGCCACUACCAGUUCGGGAUGACAGAAACAGAAAGGAAGGAGGUGGACGAGCAGAUUCAUGCGUGCUAUGCACAGACCAUGGCUGAAUGGCUGGGCUGCGAGGCAAUCGUGCGGCAGAGGGAGCGGGAGUCCCAUGCAGCUGCCUUGGCUAAAUGCUCAUCAGGGGCCAGCCUGGACAGCCACCUGCACCGGAUGAUGCACCGGGACUCCACCAUCAGCAAUGAGUCCUCCCAGAGCUGCAGUUCCGGCCGCCAACAUGUCCGCCUGCAGAGUGACUCCAGCAGCAGCACACAGGUGUUUGAGUCUGUGGAUGAAGUGGAACAAGUGGAAGCAGAAUGCAGGCUGGAGGAGAAACAGCCCAAGAUCCCCAAUGGGAACCUGGUGAAUGGCACCUGUUCUCCAGACUCUGGCCAUCCUUCUUCCCACAACUUCUCCUCGGGCCUCUCGGAGCACUCAGAGCCCAGCCUGAGCACAGAGGACAGUGUCAUGGAUGCCCAGCGGAAUGCCCCCCUGGCUCUUCGACCUGGGGACAGCAGCGUGGAUGACGGGCAGAGCAGUGAGGCCACCACCUCCCGGGACGAGGCCCCCCGUGAGGAGCUGGCCGUGCAGGACAGCCUGGAGAGUGAUCUCCUUGCCAACGAGAGCAUGGACGAGUUCAUGUCCCUCACUGGCAGCAUGGACAUGGCCCUGCCCGAAAAGGAGGGGGCCGCCAUGGAGGGCUGGGGGGGCAGCGAGGCGGAGAAGCACAGCCAGGUGGACAGUGGGGACAAUCUCUCAGAAGAGCCCGAGAUGGAAAGUCUCUUCCCUGCCCUGGCUUCUCUGGCCGUGGCCACUUCUGCCAACAAUGAGGCGUCCCCUGUGUCUUCCAGCGGCGUCACUUACUCUCCAGAGCUCCUGGACCUGUACACGGUGAACCUGCACCGCAUCGAGAAGGAUGUCCAGAGGUGUGACCGCAACUAUUGGUACUUCACGCCCGCCAACCUGGAGAAGCUGCGCAACAUCAUGUGCAGUUACAUCUGGCAGCACAUUGAGAUCGGCUAUGUCCAGGGCAUGUGUGACCUCCUAGCUCCAUUGCUGGUCAUCCUGGAUGAUGAGGCCCUCGCCUUCAGCUGCUUCACGGAGCUCAUGAAGAGGAUGAACCAGAACUUCCCCCAUGGAGGUGCCAUGGACACACACUUUGCCAACAUGAGGUCACUGAUCCAGAUUCUGGACUCAGAGCUCUUUGAGCUGAUGCAUCAGAACGGGGACUACACUCACUUCUACUUCUGCUACCGCUGGUUCCUGCUGGAUUUCAAGCGAGAACUCGUCUACGAUGACGUCUUCUCUGUCUGGGAGACCAUCUGGGCAGCGAAGCACGUCUCAUCCGCCCACUAUGUCCUGUUCAUUGCACUGGCUCUGGUUGAGGUCUACCGUGACAUCAUCUUGGAGAACAAUAUGGAUUUCACGGACAUCAUCAAAUUCUUUAACGAAAUGGCCGAGCGACACAACACCAAACACGUCCUGAAGCUGGCCCGGGACCUCGUGUACAAGGUGCAGACACUGAUCGAGAACAAGUGAGGGCCUGCUCACCCGGGCAAUGUCAACCGAGCCACCACCCACCCGUCCAUCCUGCUUUUCCUCCCGGCCACCCCGGGAGCGAGGUCCUGGUGUCUGUUCAUGAGCAUGGACUUCAGUGCAAAGAGAAACUACCCCAACUUUGGCCACCAGGCAGGUGGGGUCAGGGGGUUGCCCCUUUGGUUCAGCCUUACGUUUUCCUGUUUGACCAUACGUUUUCCUGUUUGACCAAAGAUUGUCCAAGUCUGGGAUUUCUCCCUUGUUGGAAUUGGGGUGUGUCAGUGGAUGGAGGGAACAUUUUCAUGAGUCGCCUCCAGAAUGGUUGCCUCUCUCUUGUUCUGUCCCAAUCCCUCCAAACUGUUUUGUCAGCUGAGACUUAGGGGAGGGAGGUUUUCUGGGAGGGGGAUUGGUGUAGGAGAGGCCUGUGGGGCUUACCUCUGUACUCUGAGAAGGGCGUUUGGAGAUGUUCCAGAACAUGGCUGGAAGGCUGGCUUGGGGCAGUUUCUGCACCCUGGUACCAUUGACAUUUGGUCUGGGUAAUUCUUAUUUGAGAGGGGCUAUGUGUUGUAGGAUGUUGAGCAGCAUACCUGGCCUCUACCCGCCAGAUGCCAGUAACACCCCCUCCCAACCCAGUUGAGACAACCCAAAACAUUGCCAGAUAUUGCCAAAUAUCCCCAUUUGAGAACCACUAGCAUAGAGGCGGGGCUACAAAUAUAUCUCUCUCCCCACUUUUUCUUUACUGCCUAUGUCCUAAGACUUCCUCCUGUUCAGAAAAGGCACAAGGGAGUCCACAUCCCUCUUGGGGUCUAGACUCCAUUUGUUGUAUUCUCUCAUUUUUUUCUCCUCCACCUGACCCCAGGAGAGAUUUCUUUUCUUCUUUUCAAGAGAGGCCUCCCCUUGGAAGGGCAAUGGAGCAUGGGAAAUGUCUAUAGGUGUGAGACAGCUUGAGGCCCCUCUUGGUCCUGCCCAGGCACCCCCCACCCCAGGCCGGGCAGAGCGCACGUCCCCUUCUUUGGCUCCUAGGGAAGACCUCACCUCUCCUUCUGCACAUUGAGGCUGGUGCUCCAGAAGCUUGGAAGGUGUGUGUUGGUAAAGGCCACUUCUAGAGUGUCCUUCUGAUAGAGCAAUCCUGCCAAUUCUCUUCUGAAGAAUACACAGGAAUCGAGAGAAACAGAGUCAGAUUGGAAUGCUCAUCCCCAGCAUGGCAGGUAGGGUUUUGGCAAGGUUGGAGACUCAAAGCACAUCACAGUGUUCAUAGAAAGGAUCCAUUAGUCCUCAGUCCUGAGCAAACCAGGAGGGAGAGGAAUCCCUGCCUGUGGGCUUGUGAGGGCUCUUCCCUUGGCCCUAGUGCCUUUGCUGCAUCCAACCCUCCUAGUCCCUGACAUGGGGCCUCUUGAGCAGGACGGACCUAAAUGACCCUUGCCUCCAAGGAGUGUGCUCUGUGACAGUUGUAUCUCCUCGCUGUGGUCCGUCACCUUCCCAAGAUGGGGGGAAAAUGUGCGAAAGACCCCUCCAGAUCUAAAUUUACCCAGCUGCUCUGCUAUUCCUUACAGAGGACAUUAUUCUAGCAAGAUCCGGGUCGUAGACCUUCUGAUUCUUAUUUAUUUUUUCGACAGAGUAGUCACAAAGUACAGCACACAAUCCCUUCUCUGCCUUCUCUCUCAUGGUGUUCCAGAGAAGUGUCCAUGGUUGUGAUUUGGAACAAUUCCUAUUUAUUCAGCUUAAUUGUGCUUAUUUUGGUCCCCAUAUAUUGCGUGCGUCCUUGUGUCCUGGAAUCGAGUGUGUGGGAGUCGUUCUGUCUGUGGAAUGCCCUCCUCCUUUUCUCAGUGUUGCCAACAUAUCUUGUAACUGUUUACUGAAGAGUUGUGUCUAUAUAUGGAGAAAAAAUAUAUAAACAGAGAAAUGUGUGAAUAUGGGUUAUUUUUCAUUUCCACAUUUC